AUGGAUGGGCAUCGGGAGUUCGAAGUGCUUCCAAUGCAACGACCCCACCUGCUUGUCAUUCAGCGCAAGAAGGGCUGCGGCCGCGCCGAAGGCAGCAGGCGGAACAGCAGCAGCAGCAGCAGAUGCAACAGCAGCAGCAGCAGCAGCAGCAAAUGCAACAGCGGCGACAACAGAGGCAUCAGCAGCAGAUGCAUCAGGGGCAGUUCAGGAAUCCUGGCGGCAUGCGCGCUUCCCAUGGAGUCCCACUGCAUCCACUCGAGGCCCCACCCCCUCUCCCGCGUUGCGACGCAAGCAGCAGGGACAGCAGGAGCAGAUGCAGCAGCAGCAGCAGCAGCAACGGCUGCAGCAGCCACAGCAGCAGCAGCAGCAGCGGCAGGCUACACUGUAUCCAGGGCGGCGAGCGCAGCGCUGUAUACAUGCAGCCUGCAUAGUUGCUCAGAUGCACCGACAUCCCGACAGCAAACACCCAACGGGGCCCGUCUGCUUAAGAAGAUCUUAAAGGAGCCCCCGGGGGAGUCCCUCGGAGGGCCCCCUAAAGGCACCUUGGAGCUCCCAGGCGGGCUCCAUGAAGGGGCCCCAUUGGGAGUGCACCCGUCGCAUGCGAGCAGCAGCUCUGCUUCCCUUUCGUUUUGUUCUCUUCACCGCAGAGGGGCUCUGCUUGGAUUGCAAGAAGGCAACGGGCUUAACUGCUGUCCAGAAACCAAUGCUGCUGGCGCCGUUGCUGUUGCUCUCGCGGAGCCACUGACACCGCGAGGUACACGCCGCCGGUACAGCAACCCGAACAUCAGCAGCAGUAGCGGCGGCAGCAGCAACUACUGUAAUGAUAGUGUUGCCAGCACCUGCAGCAACACAGUUGGAUCGCGGCAUUCGUGGGUGGGUGUGAACCAACCGCAACAACAGAACCCACGACAGCAGCAGCAGCAGCCGCAGCAGCGACGUGCCUGUGCUGCACUGAGUGACGGCUGGAGCGGCCCCAGAUGCUGCAGCCCAAAAGCCAAUCGCCUGCGCGGGCGACUGCCUGAUGCAGGGUUUGAGGCCCUUGCUGACCGGACUGGGGUCCCUGUUGCUGCUACUGCUGCAUCUGCCGCUGCUGCUGCUCUUGCGGCGGCGGCAGCGGGAGACAGCGCUUCCCCUGUUGCUGCGCCUGCCCCAGCAGGACGCGGCUACGGCAGGCGCCUUCCAGCAGCACCACCAGCACCAGCAGCAGCAGAUGCAGCAGCAGAUACAGCAGAUGAAGCAACUCCAGGCAGGCCUGCAGCACAGCACUGCGCGGGCAUUGCAACACGACUCCGUUUUAGCGGGUGGGGCCCCAAGGGAAGCGCAGCUGCUGCUGCUUCCUGUAUUGCUUCUGCUUCUUCUGCCGCUUCUUCUGCUAGUUCUUCUUCUCCUGCUUCGGCGCGUUGCAGCAGCUGGGGGGCUCAGCCGAAGCCGGCUGCUGCAAGGGGCUGUCAAACAACAUGCCCCCGUGCUCUGACGGCUUCAGCACAACGGAGCCGCAGCACCAGUUGCUGCAGCAGCAGCACCUGCAGCAGCGGUAGGACCGCAGCAAGCAUGAAAACAGUAGCAGCAGCAACAACAGCCUGCGGACACGCUGCUGGCUCCAGCCGUAGGGGCAGUCUCAACACUCAGCAGCGGCUCCACGCGCAGGAGAUGCAUCGUCCAAAGGAAAAGCACUUCGACAAGCAGCAGGAGCAGCAGAUGCAGCAGCAGCAGAAGCAGAUCCAGAAACAACAGCCUCUACAGCAUAUAGUUGCUGCUCAGGUGCUUCCUGUUCUGGCGCACUCUUCAGAAGGUAUUCGCGGCCGCAAUCAGCAGCAACUGCAGCAGCUGCAGCUCCAGCAGCAGCAUCAGCCGCAGCAGCAUCAGCCGCAGCAGCAGCACAUGGAGCAUAGCGCAUUAAUGCAGUCAAAAGAUGCAGAUGGGACCCUUUCACCUGCGGCCGAAGCAGAAUCAGCUGCUUCUGCUGGUGCUGUUGCCGCAACAGAGUCAACCACUGCAGCUUCAUCGGACGCAGCAGUUCCUGCAGCAGCAGCAGCAGCGACUGUUGCUGUUAGAGCACCACCUGCUGCUGCUGCCACUCCCUCUGGACUGAAAGCAGCAGAACAACCGAAUAUGCCUCCCCAUAGAGAGCACCGCAUCAGUAAGGAGCUUCAGCUUCUUUACAAGCAGCACAAGCAGCAAGUGCAGCAGCAGAAGUACAGGAAGCAGCAAGAGACACGGCCCCCGCGAGUGCAGCAAUUAAUGCAGCACCGGCAGCUGUACGCAGGCAUUGUCCUCAAACACUUCUGUCGGGCGGUGCAGCGCUCUGCCUGCCGCCGCCCUUGGCGGCAGCUGCUGCUGCAUGCAGCGCAGCAGCACGCUCUGCAGCAGCAGCAGGAGCAGCAGCACCAGGCCAAGACACCCGGGAAACCACAUCAGGCUACGCCGCAGCAGCAUCCUGCGCACCAGCAGCAGCAACAACAACUGCCGUCGGCGCAGGUGGACCAGCCUGUGCAGCAACAGCAGCUGCAGCAGCAGCAGCAGGUGCAGUGCACCCGGUGUUUAGACGUCAUAGAGGCAGACCUUCAGAGCAUUUCUCUUCGUGAUGAAGCCAGCAGCAGAGACACCUGCAUGAGACUAGAGGACUACCGAAGGCGACUGCGACAGCAGCAGCUCCGUUACAAGCAGCAGCAGCAGCAGCAAAAGCAACAGCAGCAAAAGCAGCAAAAGCAGCAGGAGCAGCUCAUCCGGCAGCUUGCCACUGCAGCACAAGAGCUCAAGAAGGCUAAUGACCAACAAGAAGCUCUGCAAGGACGUCUAGCAGCAGCUCUCUCAAGGCUGCAGCAGCUGGAGCAACAACAGCAGCAACUGCAGCAGCAGCAACAGCGGCGGCAAGGAGCCCCUCGCGUACUUCUGUUGCUGCAGCGGCAGUCUUCGCUGUUGCUGCACUAUUUGCGGCAGCACUUGCUGCAGCAGCAACAAGAGGAGGCGAGGAUCCUGAGAAUAGAGCAAAUAGCGGCAGACGAGCAACUGGAACCACAGAGGCUGUAUUUGCUGCAGCUAGUUCUGAAGUGA